CUGCUUUCAUUUAAACCAGCAGCCAGAAGGGAGCAGAAGCACAAGAUUUCUGAGAUCCUGCAAUCUGUAUUCAUACUACACCAGUUAGAACCUACAGAGACAGCAAGACUGAAUCAAAAAAGAGAGAGAUCACCCAAAAUGCAAGGCUUGUUAAAGAGAUGAUGGACCAGGUCAAGACGAUCAGCAAUCCUUCAACAAAGGAAGCAACUUGAAGCCUUUUCUGCGUUAGGCUAGCCGUCCCCAUCGAGGCCUGCCUGCAGCCGUCCCUCACAAUGACCACCUUUGUUCACUUGUGCCGGUAAUCUUACAUCGGUUAGCAUCUGCAAUCUAAUAUCUGGACCUGACCAACUUGCACAUCUUUAUUUAAUGAGAGUGCAAAGAACACGGUUACAUAUGGCAGCAAGCAGCUUCUCUCUCCCAAGACUGAGAUGGUCCAUGCAGGCAUCUAUAAUUCCAUGGACAGAGGUGGACCAUAGCCAAAAGAUCAAAAGAGCCUGUGUAUGAUUACCGUCUGGAAGUCAAGGUACCCAAAAUUGUUGAUUAAUUGAGCAGUUGGGGUGUUAAAAAGGGCAUGAGAGCCUCAUGAGAUGUCAGAGUCCAAGGCCUGUGGCAAGAAAGCUGUGUCUUCUUCGGGACUCCGAUCAUAUCCAUGGCAGUCUCUUCCCUCCCACCGACGAAACGUUGUCAUGUUCUUCCUCAUCCAUUGGCACCUUGAAAGGCUACCAAAGGCUUCUGGAAGAGACGAAGAAAGCUACAAGAAAGAACAAGGUGGGAAAGAUAAUGAUAGAGAUUCAAUCUCCUUGCAUCAGGGAUAUCGGAGAGGCAUGCACCCAUGGCUGCUGUCCGGUGCCAUUUCUUGGCCUGGUCGAGUCCAGCACCACCAUGCACCACGCAAGAACCACCACCAUUGGAAUCUCACGGAUGAAUUUUGCGAAGCUGACGAAGGAUUCCAUCUUCCCAAACACCCACUUCACAAACCAUGAGUGCCUGCCUCCCCUCCCUGAUGCCUUGUCCGGCUUUAUCAGAGUGUAUCCACAGUACGGUGAGACAGAAGAAGCAGACCGAAUCAGGAACAGUGAAUAUUAUCACCUUUCUGAUCAUGUCUGCCUCGAUUAUACUGGAUUUAGCCUCUUCUCCCAUGCACAAGUGCACUCCUCCAGAGCAUCCACAUCUGGUGAUCCUCAGCCUUCAGGCCUGCUGCAGCCUCCAUAUUUCAGCAUCGCUUACAAGUCAGCAAGCUUGAAAUCUCAAGUGCAGUACGGGAAUCAAGAUACUGCUCUGGAAUCAGCAAUCAGGAAAAGGAUCAUGCAUUUCCUCAACAUACUGGAUGGUGCAUACAGCAUGAUCUGCACUGCCAACAGAACCACUGCUUUCAGGCUGUUGGCAGAAUCCUAUCCCUUUCAUGCCAACAAGGGGCUGCUGAGUGUGUAUGAUUACGAGAGCGAGGCCAUAUAUGCGAUGACUAAGAGCGCUUACAGGAGAGGAGCCAAAGUCAUGUCUGCUAGCUUCUCCUGGCCAAGCCUCCGGAUUCAUUCUGAUAAAUUGAUGGAGAAGCUGAGCAAGAGAAAGAAGAAAAGAAGAGGACUGUUUGUGUUUCCACUUCAGUCCAGGAUUACUGGAGCCAGGUAUCCGUAUUCAUGGAUGACUGUGGCUAAAGAACAUGGGUGGCAAGUGGUGCUGGAUGCAUGUGCUCUGGGGCCAAAGGACUUGGACACCCUCGGGCUCUCGUUGAUCCAGCCAGACUUCAUCAUCUGCUCUUUCUUCAAAGUGUUUGGUGAGAACCCAUCUGGUUUUGCAGGAAUUUUCAUCAAAAAGUCCAGCACUGCAGCAUUGGAGUCAUCUACGAUAGCCAGGAGUCUCGGAAUUGUGAGCAUCAUCCCAUCAAGAAGGCUGUCGCAGCUGACUGAUGAUUAUUCAGGAACAGAUUUGGAUGGCCAUUCCUCUAGAAACCAAUUCGACGAAGACGAUAUUGAGACCAUCAGUUCGUUCUCUGGUCCAAUACCCACACAUAUCGGUAAUGACUCUGCUGCUAUAGAUAAUGUGCUUGGAGAAUUUGCUUCUACACAAAAACAAAAGCAAGUCGAGAGAUCCGAGCAGGUGGAGAGUUCCAAAGCACGAGAUGAUAAUGAAGAAUCAUCGGGUAUUGUAGAAUUAGAAUGCAACCUCUCCGUGCAAGCAGAAAAGAGCACGACCACUGCUGAAGCAAACAAGAGCAUGGAGAUUGUGUGCAGAGGAUUGGAUCAUGCAGACUCUCUAGGUCUGCUACUCAUCAGCAACAGAUUGAGAUGCAUCACCAACUGGUUAGUCGUUGCUUUGAUUAAGCUGCAGCAUCCUCACUCUGAAAGUGGUCAUUCCCUAGUUAGGAUCUACGGUCCACAAGUAAAAUUUGACAGGGGACCUGCAAUAGCUUUCAACAUCUUCGACUGGAAAGGAGAGAAGAUCGAGCCUGUGCUUGUACAAAAGCUUGCAGAUAGAAGCAACAUUUCUCUUAGUUGUGGGUUCCUAAACAAUAUACGCUUCCCAGACAAAUAUGAAGCUGAGAAACAUAAAGUUUUGGAGAGAAGAGCCUGUGAAAUAACAGUUGCAGGCAACAGAAAGAAACAAAAAACUACUAUGGGAAUAAAUGUCUUAAAUGCUUCCCUUAGCUUCCUCACUAACUUUGAGGAUGCUUACAAACUCUGGACUUUUGUUGCUAAGUUCCUAGAUGCAGAUUUUGUUGAGAAGGAAAGGUGGAGAUAUUUGGCUUUGAAUCAGAAAACAGUUGAGGUUUAAUGUGAAUGAGCUGAAUUUUCUGUAGUUGACUAUGCUUUCUGCUAGAACUGUCAACAUAGAAUUGGGGAUACAUUCUUUUACUGUGCUACCAUGUUCAGAUAACGGUAUCUUGAUGAAUAAUGUGAAUCAUCUACUCACUAUUUUUCUCUGGGUCAAAGAAUUGGAUAUGUAAACAAUUGUGCAUGACCAAAUCAAAUAAAUUAUAUGAGGGACCUUAUUUCUCAA